UAAGCGGAACUCUAGAUUCGGCUCUGUGAAAACCCUAGUUCGUUUCUCGCCGCUGUUCUCCUCUUCAGCGACCAAGCAGCGGCAGGAGAGAGGGAGAUUGGGAAACUGCAACAGCAGCAUGGAGAAGGAGGUGUCUAAGACCUUGAAGGACGUCUCGCCUCAUGAGUUCGUCAAGGCAUACUCGGCCCACCUCAAAAGAUCUGGCAAGAUGGAGCUUCCUGAGUGGACGGAUAUUGUAAAAACUGGAAGGUUCAAGGAACUCGCUCCUUAUGAUUCAGAUUGGUAUUAUAUCAGAGCAGCUUCUAUGGCUAGGAAAAUUUAUUUGAGGCAGGGCAUUGGAGUAGGCGGCUUCCAGAAAAUUUACGGAGGCCGGAAGAGGAAUGGAAGUCGCCCGCCACAUUUCUGCAAGAGUAGCGGUGCAAUUGCUCGCCACAUUCUGCAGCAGUUGCAGAAAAUGAAUAUCAUUGAGAUUGAUCCUAAAGGCGGACGGAAAAUCACUUCACAGGGACAGCGUGAUCUUGAUCAAGUCGCUGGCCGUGUCUAGGUGCUACUUGAACAUUUUGUGUUUACCAAAAUGUUGGCACAUGUUUGGUCUUGGUCAUUUGAUUUAAUCUGUUUGUUUUGGUCAAUCUGUCCUUUUGAGAUUAUGUACGAUUUAAUUUAAAGAUAUUUUGUUAAUUCCAAGUAAUCAUCGAUCGUGUCACUUUUUAUCAA